AAUUGGUGUUCCACGUGGAGUUGUUAAAGGUGAAGUAAAGACUAAUACAAAUACGAUUGCAAUGCCUAAUGGGUUGACGGCAGACAAUGCCAGUUAUCUGACUUUCAAAAUUCGACUUCAUCCACAAGGGAAUAAAGAAUCUAAUAAGGAUUUUUGCUUCUUUCAAGUUUUCUCGUGCACUAGCGCCAAGUUCAAGGCUAAAUUCUCUGUGUUCAACACAAGGAGUGAGGAAGUGCCUGCAACUGUUUAUACGGGAACUCAGCAGUUGAAUGGAUAUUUUGAAUACAUUCGUCGUGACGUUUUAAUCGGCCAUAUACAGCCAAGUGAUGAGAUUCAACUUCUUUUGAACCUGACUAUUGUUUCUGAUACAAUCACUAAGAACAGCCAAAAUGUUAUAAGUCCUGUGGUUCCUGAGCCUCGCCCUUCUGAGUUGGCUAAAGAUUUGGAACAAAUGUUUGGCGAUACUAGACAUUCGGACUUUACUAUUAUUUGUGAUGGCGAUAAAGAACAUCGUGAAUUGCCUGCUCAUAAAGUUGUUUUGGGAGCUCGUUCACCAGUUUUCGCUGCUAUGUUUGAACCUCAUACAGAAGAGGCUCAAAAAUCGGAGGUUCACUAUAACGACAUAGAUUUUGAGGUUAUGCGGGAGAUGCUCUUCUAUAUGUACAGCGGGACUGCACCAUCGCUUCAACAGAUGGCCUUGGACUUGCUAGCUGUUGCUGAUCGCUUUCAGUUGAUUGGACUUAAAGAAAUGGCAGAUCAAGUACUUCGUAAUGGACUUUGUGUUGAUAAUGUCUGCAGGAAUCUUGUAUUGGCGGAUAUGCACAACGCUUUGGAGCUUAAACAAGAUGCUUUGCGUUUUAUUGCGCAAUAUUCUAAUGGUGUUAUUGUUGUUAGUUUUUUGAUAACUUUUACUUUUCGCCAGAAAUUUUUUCCUUGAGUUUGAGCUUUUUUGGGAAUUUAAUUCUUCACACAUAUUUCCUAUAAAUUUUUUGGCAAGAAUUUGGGAGGAGGUGUUAAAAAUAAAAUUGUCUUCAAAUAUUUCAAAAAUUUUCGCCUGCGCGCUAAAAGGAAUGACGCCUAAGGCUUGCAGUACAACCCACUAUGCCACUUCUCUGGAAAUCCUCUCUCUUGAUACGUCUUUGACAAACUUUUCUUUUAAUUUAAUUU